CAGAACCUCCGACCCCCGUCUAUACUUGCACCCGAAACUUCUACCUGCAGGUUUUUACGGGUAACCCGCUGCAGGACUCUACUUCAAGUUUCAACUCUACUUCAAAUCUUUGGUGCUCUGUCCUCUAUGGAGCCAGCUGUACUUGGAUGUUUAUAACUUCCUCGUCAAGAUUAUACAGGUUAGCCAUGUUGGCCUCGUAGCAGUGCCUGAACCCAGAAGGAAAGGCGAGUGGAGGCCCGGCCCUGCCUAGGCCAUGGAAGAAAGUCGAAAUGACAAGGCCAACCUGUCCCAUGCUUUAUUUGACCGCUUUGUCCAGGCCACCACAUGCAAGGCUACUUUGAAAAGCUUCCAGGAGCUGUGCGAUUAUUUGGAUUUGAAGCCCAAAGACUACCGAACUUUCUACCAUAAGCUCAAGUCCAAACUCAGCUACUGGAAGGCCAAAGCGCUAUGGUCUAAACUGGACAAGAGAGGGUGUCACAAAGAUUACAAGAAGGGAAAAGUAUGUCUCAACACCAAGUGUCUGAUCAUUGGGGCAGGACCCUGCGGCCUACGUACAGCGAUAGAACUCUGCUUCCUGGGAGCCAAAGUUGUCGUGAUGGAGAAGAGGGACGCUUUUUCUCGAAACAAUGUUCUGCACCUGUGGCCCUUCACUAUCCACGACCUGCGUGGGCUGGGGGCUAAGAAAUUCUACGGGAAGUUCUGUGCCGGAGCCAUUGAUCAUAUCAGUAUCCGGCAGCUGCAGCUUAUUUUGCUCAAAGUCUGUCUAAUCCUUGGGAUUGAGAUUCACGUUAAUGUCGAAUUCCAAGGUUUGAUCGAGCCGCCGGAAGACCAGGAGAAUGAGCGGGUUGGUUGGAGAGCAAAGGUUCACCCGAAAGGGCACUGUGUGUCUGACUAUGAAUUUGACGUCAUUAUUGGUGCAGAUGGAAGCCGAAACACGCUGGCAGGUUUCCGGCGGAAAGAGUUUCGCGGUAAGUUGGCGAUUGCAAUCACAGCAAAUUUCAUCAACCGUAACACGACGGCUGAAGCCAAAGUGGAGGAGAUCAGCGGAGUGGCCUUCAUUUUCAACCAGAAGUUCUUUCAGGAGCUGCGAGAGGCAACAGGGAUCGAUCUGGAGAACAUAGUUUAUUAUAAAGAUGACACACACUACUUUGUUAUGACGGCAAAGAAACAGAGCCUGUUGGAGAAGGGAGUCAUCCUGCGUGAUUAUGCUGAUACAGAGCGGUUACUUUCCCGUGCCAAUGUGGACCAAGAAGCCCUCUUGAAUUAUGCCACAGAAGCCGCCAAGUUCUCCACGAAUCAGCAGCUGCCCUCGCUGGACUUUGCUAUAAAUCACUAUGGGCAGCCGGAUGUGGCCAUGUUUGACUUUACCUGUAUGUACGCCUCCGAGAAUGCAGCCCUUGUGCGGGAAAGGAACAGGCAGAGGUUGCUGGUGGCAUUGGUUGGAGACAGCCUUCUGGAGCCAUUCUGGCCCAUGGGAACUGGCAUUGCACGGGGGUUUCUAGCUGCUAUGGAUUCCGCAUGGAUGGUACGAAGCUGGUCUCAAGGUGCCAGCCCCAUGGAGGUUCUAGCAGAAAGAGAAAGUAUAUACAGGCUGCUCCCUCAAACCACCCCUGAAAAUGUGAGCAAAAACUUCAGCCUGUACAGCAUCGAUCCAACCACUCGGUAUCCCAAUGUCAACUUGCAGUUGCUCCGGCCCAGCCAAGUACGUCACCUGUACAAUACCAGUGAGUUGAAGGAUCCAAAUAUAGAGAUUGGGAACAGUGUGAACUCCAGGACACCCAUUUUGGGCAGGAAUGAGUCCGUUGCCCGCACCAGUAAGCUGCUUGGAUGGUGCCAAAAGCAGAUGGAGGGUUACCCAGGAAUCAAUGUGACCGACCUCACCAUGUCUUGGAAGAGUGGCCUGGCGUUGUGUGCCAUUAUCCAUCGGUACCGUCCUGAGCUCAUAAACUUUGACGCUUUGGAUGAACAGGACGUGGAGAAGAACAACCAGUUGGCCUUUGAUAUUGCUGAGCGGGAGCUGGGGAUCUCGCCCAUCAUGACCGGGAAAGAAAUGGCUUCUGUGGGGGAGCCGGACAAGUUGUCCAUGGUUGUGUAUCUCAGCCAGUUCUAUGAGAUGUUCAAGGAAUCGCAUUUAGAGGAUGCCAACCAGUACUCCGAUGAGAAGGCUUCGUUGCUUGCGAGUACCAAGUCUCCUAUCUCCUUUCUCAGCAAACUCGGGCAGACAAUCUCUCGGAAGCGCACUCCCAAGGACAAAAAGGAAAAGGACUCUGAUGCCUCAGGGAAGCGAAGGAAAACAAGUCAGUCUGAGGAUGAGGAAGCUCCCCAAAAACAGCAGGGGGAAAAGCCGUCGUCGGUGAGUGUCAUGGCCGAGAGGCGGAACGAGACUGCUUCUGCCAGCAACCAAAAUAAAGUCAAAUCCAUGGCCACUCAACUCCUGGCAAAGUUUGAAGAGAAUGCCCCGGCCCCCAAUGCUGGACUGCGCAAGCAGAAACCUAUCCUUCCUUAUCAAGAGCGCUUACAAAACCAGGCUUCCCAAAGGCAGACUGAGCCUCAGUGGAAACAGCGCAGGGAUAACCAAAGACCACGGACUUGCCCUAAAAAGGUCAUCACCUUAUAUGCGGGCUCCACAUCUGUGCCUUCCCCUGUGCUGCAGACAACCCCGGUGCUGGCCAGUAGCCGUUGGGAGCAGAGUCCCACACUGGAGAGGUCUGAGUCAAUUCACCGCUCUCCAGUUGACCAAUGGCAGCAGACCCUUGCUCAGUGCUCCUCUGACCGACCCUCAUCUGAUGCCCUUCGACAGAAGUAUAUAAAGAUGUACACAGGUGGCGUCAGCUCAUUGGCUGAGCAAAUAGCCAAUCAGCUUCAAAAGAAGGAAACGCCAAAACCUCUUUUCGGGAAAAAAGUGGGUUCAUUCAGAAAAGAGUUCCCCCAGAACCUUGGAGGAAGUGACGUCUGCUAUUUCUGCCGUCGGAGGGUUUACGUCAUGGAGAGGCUCAGUGCUGAGGGCAAGUUCUUCCACCGGAGCUGCUUUAAGUGUGAUUACUGUAGCACCACGCUGCGCCUGUCCUGUUAUGCCUAUGACUUGGAGGAUGGAAAAUUUUACUGCAAACCUCACUACUGUUACCGCCGGUCCGGAUACAGCCAGAGGAAGAUGCCAGCCGUACCUGCACUUUUGGGGAAAGAAGUUACAAGGACGGUGGAAGACACCCCCGACGCUGAAUACCAAGGACGAGCCCCAUUGCUCUCUGCCCCUGCUGCUGAGAAGACCCCAGGCGCCAGUGUGAAUGGUGUAGAAGAUCACAGCGCCACCAAGAGACUUAGAGCCACCCCCGAGCGUAUUGAACUUGAGAAUUACCGUGUUUCCCUGCAGAAGGAGGAGCUGGAGGAGGUCCCAGAGGAAACCCUGGCGGAGCAUAAUCUGAGCAGCCUCCUGGAUAAAGGGGAGAUGGAAGAGGGGGCCAGCAGCAGUUCCGAGUCUGAGAUGGAGGAGGGAGAAGAGGAGGAGCCAGGGCAGUGCCUCCCCCCCUCAGAUCUGGGUGGGGUGCCAUGGAAAGAGGCCGUCAAGAUUCACGCUAAGUUGAAGGGUCAGGAAGUGGAGCAUGUGGAGAUUGUGGAAACUCAGGGUGCAGAUGGCACUGAAGAAGAAGAGGAGGAGGAAGAGGAUGAUGAAGAGGAGGAAGAUGAAGAAGAAAUGAGUGAAGAGGGUGAGUAUUGCCCAUGGGAGAGAGAGCUUCAGCAGGGCCUAUGGAUACAGCGUAUCUCUGAUGAAGAUACAGUUGGUACAUUCAAAGCCAGGAACCUCCAGCUCUCCCAGCAAGACCUCUCCCCUAUUGACCCCAUGGAAAUAAAGGCCGACUUGCACUGGACACAUGUCCAGGAGGUUAAGGAACAUCGGAGAGGGUCUAAAAAGGAGAGGGGAGAAGUGAGCGUGUCCUCUCCUUCCAAAGCUCCUCAUCUCCCUUCCCACCAUCACGACCCAGUGAGAGCGUGGCUGGAGUCUGUAUCAGGAGCAACUGGUGAGGAUGAAGAAGGUGAGGAGGAGUUGGGUACAUGCCUUGCACAGGCUGAAGCAGGUGGUGAUGGGGAAACCUCAGCAGAUCUUGGUGAUGACAAUGGAAUCCCGUCCGAUGCCGAGACUGAAGAGCGGCUCCAGCAGUCCCAGAGGUUUAAGCUGAAGCUGGAUAUAGACCAAGAACCUGAGGUGGAGCAACCCGUCCUGCCAGUAAUUACAGAAAUUGAGACGGUUUCCAGCCCAGUUUCUCAGGCACCAAAAGCCCCCGUGCUGUCUCCAGUCAGGACCCCCAAAGCAGAAACAGAAAAGGUUCCUCUGAUGUCUCCAAAAACAGUGACAUCUCCUGGUGGUCGGUUCUUUGCAAAUCCGUAUCUUCCUCUGGACAGCAGCAAAGUGGCCUCUGUGGAAGCAAAAGCUCAGACGCCUCUAUCUCCUGUUUGCUCUCAACCAGUCCCAUCACAAGAACCUGUAAUCCCUACAUCACCUGUGAAAUCGCCCUCAGUACCGACGAACACAAGGCCACUUAUAUCCCCAACAACCCCUAUUUGCUCACAGCCACUGCCGUCCACAGAGGGUUCCAAAAAUGCCCCAGAUAGGCCAGCCAUGCUUCAGCAGCCAACCCCUCUAAUCUCCUCUACUCCUUUAACCAAACUGCCUUUUACUGGUCACGUCAUGGGAUCUGAAAAAUUAGUUAGCCCUAAUACAAAAGAGGCCCUGAAACGUAUUGACCUUAUUGAAGAGUUCUGGACAAAAAGUGCUGAGAUUAGGCGCAGCCUAGGGCUGGCCCCCGUGGAUAGAUAUCGGGUGGCUGAAAUCAGUUUUCCUGCUCUAGCGUCAACUCCUUCUCAGCCUCAGAUACCUAAACCCAAACCUGAGGAGCUCAAGUCGCCGAUUCUGAAGCCACAAGUUACAAGAAAAGUGAACCCUUCCCGGUUGGACAUUGAACUGCUUUCACCUCUGACUCCAAUAUCCCCUUCUGAGAAGGAGCUGAAGAGCUCAGAUGGUGAGAAGAAGGAUAUCUCCACCAGCUCUGGCUUAGGUCUGAAUGGCAGUUUGAUAACCCAUACUGUUGCCAGUGAAAGCUUUAACACCUCUGAUUCAGCCAUGCUUACUCCACCAUCCAGCCCUCCACCACCUCCUCCCAAAGGGGAAGAGCCAGCUACUCUACGUAGAAGCCUUACGUCUUGCCAGAACGGUGCAGAAUCCAACCCAGCCCAAGUACAAAGCAAGCCACUUGAACCCAAACAGUCCCCCCGCAGGGAAGAAUUUUUAUGCAAAUCUUUGGUUGAAAGUGUUGAUGAGAUCCCCUUUGCUGAUGAUGUGGAGGAUACGUAUGAUGAAAGGACUGAAAAUUCUAGCCUCCAAGAGAGGUUCUUUACUCCACCAACCAGUCGGGUGAAACCACAUAGAAUUGUUUUUUCCAAGGAGAAUGGAGAGAUUCCAUCUUCUUUGGAGAGAAUCCACCACAGGAAAAGGCUCUUGCCUGAUGUAACUCAGGAGGCCAAAGAACAGGCAGAGGAGAGAAUGAAAGUCCGGGAGAAGUCUGUGAAGAGCCAGGCACUGAAAGAUGCAAUAGCACAACAGCGGCACAAAAUGAAACAACUAGAAACAGGGACAAGAUCAUCCAAAGUUCUGCCAUCUACUGCUCUGUUCAACGAUCACGCUAUAGUAUCUUCUUUCAUGAGACCCCAAACAGAGACACCCACCCUGAAGCUGGACACAGCACAGGAGGUCUUCAUAACACCCCCAACUGCUCCUGAAGGCUCAGUCACUUCCUCAGAAGGUUCAGGCGGAAAACCCAAGAAGAGACCAUCCAUUUUCUCCCCGAGGAAGAAGGAGAAAAAGUCUAAAGGGGAAAGCAGUCGGUUGUCUGAUAAACAGGCGGCAGAUGAUAGCACCAAACCCAAGUCCUUAUGGAAAUCUGUCUUCUCUGGGUAUAAAAAAGAAAAGAAAAAAAAGCAGAAGGCUGAUGAUAAGUCUACCCCAAGCACUCCAUCUAGCAGCACCACAGUGGACUCUGAGAAAGCCAAGGUGGCAAACAUGGUCCGUGGAGCAGAACUGCCUCUCCGACGUCACCUAAGCUUCUCUGAGGACUCAGACCUGUCCAGUGAUGAUGUCUUAGACAAAUCCAACCAGAAAUCUAAACAUGAGCGGUUUCCUAAAGCCUCGCAUCGGGCCCCUGCAUUUCACUUGCACAGAGACGAGUCGGUGUAUGUACCCCACGCCUUGGCAUUCAGAAGGUCAUACUCAUCAAAGAAAACCUACACGGACGAGGAGCUCAACGCUAAACUAACAAGGCGGGUGCAAAAAGCGGCACGGAGACAGGCCAAGCAGGAGGAGCUAAAGCGGCUGCAUCGGGCGCAGAUCAUUCAGCGGCAGCUGGAACAAGUGGAAGAGAAGCAGCGACAGUUGGAGGAGCGAGGAGUGGCCGUGGAGAAAGCUCUGCGGGGAGAAGCAGACUAUUGGGGAGAGUCUUAUGACAGUGACCUCAUCGAUUUGCAUCUGGGUGUUGAUCCCGUUGCCGGGACUCCACGUCGUAGACCUCUAUCCUUCUGUCCCUGCUGUGCCCAUGAAGGGAUGGGAAAGAAGGACGACCCGAAACUCAUGCAGGAAUGGUUCCGCCUGGUGCAGGAGAAGAAUGCGCUGGUGCGAUACGAAUCAGAGCUCAUGAUCUUUGCCCGGGAGUUGGAGUUAGAGGACAGACAGAGCCGACUGCAGCAGGAGCUCCGAGAGCGCAUGGCAUUGGAAGAUCACUUGAAAACGGAGCAGGAGCUCACAGACGAGAAGAAGAUACUGAACGAGAUGCUGGACGUGGUUGAACAGAGAGACGCUCUGGUGGCCCUGCUGGAGGAACAGAGACUGCGUGAGAAGGAGGAGGACAAAGACCUGGAGGAGGUCAUGUUAUCCAAGGGGUUUAACCUCAACUGGUCCUGAGAUUUGCCCCCCAUUAUUUUCCAUGUCCUGUUUCCUCCUCAACUGGGAACUCUGCUAUUUCGGCACAUGAAGAGGAAUGGUCUUUAUGAGACUCCCUUGCAAAUGUCACAUGGGAAGGCUGCCGUGCACUGUGACUCCCUGUGCAGCAGAUAAAGAUCCGAUACUGGAGAGCUUUUACUGUGCACUGGCACCCCCUGCAGGGCAGGUGAAAUCUGCACAUCACAUUCAGGUUUACACAAUGCAGCCAUAUAGAGUCAUGCAGAGUAUGGCCACUCGUUUAGGGUCUAUAACUAUAUGGAUGUGAAGAACAACACUCAGAGGAACCAUGAGUAUUUUGCUCGGAAGUUGUGUUCCGCCUCAUAAUUUUAGAAAAAGGAAAUUUGUUUUUUUUGAGGUUCUACUGCUUUUUUUUUUAUUAUUGAGAAUCUUGAAGGCCAGAAUGUAUGGCUAUUAGAAGCCACAUGGAAUUCCUUAAAGAGAGAGAGAGAGUUUUAUUAUAUUAUUAUUUAACAUAGCUGCUUUUAUCCGUACAUAUCCUGCUACUCCACCCACCACUUGGUUUAAUCCAAGACCACUUCGCUAUGGACAAGGAAAGUAACCAGAGGAAUCCGGAGCAGACCCGUCUUAACCCCGGCGUUGCAGUAAGGGCAAGUUAAGCCCUUCUUUCUGGAAUGGUUUGCGCUGCCAUUACACCUGAUGGCGCUACUUUGUUCUUCCAGUUUUAAGUGCAACGGUGCAGCUCGUCGUGGAGGAGGUCAAACAAUAAUUUAAGAGCGUGUGACUGUCUGCAGCCAUAUCUGUGCUUGUCCCCAAGCUACAGGGUAGAAGAAAAGGAAAUCAUUUGGGGGGGGUAUUAUAAGACUAAGGCUGGGGUUGCUAAGGAAAAGGCCACGAAUACAUAUGUACCGAAGAGGAAACAAUAAUAUACUGAAAGCCUUGUGUUUAAUCAAUGCAAACAGCAGAACUGCCCUCGUUGCACUGCUCAUAUCAAUACUAAUACCCCAGAGAGAAGCCAUAUCCCCCUCCCCUCGUUAUAUUCAUGUACCUGCUUAUGCACCACCAGGCUCUGCAUCUGCCAUCCAAUCAGGCGCUGUAGUUGAUGGUGAAGCUUCCUGAGAGCCAGCGAAUCAGGCUUGCGCAUAACCUGGAUGAUGCUGUGGCUCACACACAGCCGGAAGGGAAUAAAGCUUAGCAGGUGUCUUGGUUAAAUGGCCUGGUCCAUAGAUCAUAUUGACUGCUUGUUUGUCCUUUAAUCUCUUCCUUGACCUGUAAAUGGACAAAAAAAAAACACCCCUUUGCCCCAUUUCUGUAUUCCCGUAACUUCCACAUCUCGUUGCCCAAUAUCAAAGUUAAGAUAUUUUACUAUUCACAGGGUCUGUGGGAAUUGGAAGGCUCA